GCUGAAUCUGAAAUCAACACCUCUUUGGCAGCAGUUGUUAAGCAAAGAGUUAACUCAUGUCUAGAAGUGAUGGAUAAAUUGCUUCAAUCCGAUAAUUCGAUUGUUUCGUGUUUGGUGAGAGCCAAGAGAUCAGUGAUGACCGGAACUCGAGAAUCAAAACUUGUGAAUCAAGUCUGGAUUGCAUUAGGAAUCGAUCCCAAGACUACUCCCAAUCACUUAACUCUGGGAGAGAUCGGUAUUGAAUCCAUGUUUGCGGUUGAGCUGCAGCAGGGGUUGGAGAGGGAGUACGACAUUAAGGUAUCCCUGAAUGACAUCAAGAAUAUCACAAUAGGAAUGAUGAAAGACUUUGAGGCCGGAAAAGUGGACGAAAUGAAGAAAUUCGCGGAUGAGAUCAAGUUGUGUCGCACGAAGUUAUGUAAAGUCAAGUUUGUUAUUCCCAACGAAGCCUAUACUCGACUUAAUAACGUGACGACCGGAAAACCCCUGUAUUUCUUGCCACCACUUGAGGGCAUAUUUGCCUCAUUGGAAGGGUUGGCCGCAAAGGUUGACCGACCGGUCAUUGGUCUCAAUUGGGUUAAGGAUAUGGAGAAAUUGGGUUCA